AUGGCCGCGGUCCCAACCCAUCCGAAGCUUUUCCAGCUACCCGCGGAGUUGCUACACAUGAUCUUCCAGCACCUCGACUCCUCUGACUUCCGAAGACAGCCCACCCUCCUUCGCCUGUCGAAAGAGUGGUACUCGCUCGUCCAGCCCGUACUCUACCGAGAUGUGUCCGUCAACCUAUCCACCAUCUUGCGCAUCGGCCGCGGCCGCGCUCGUUUUCUCAAGACACUCCCCGAGCUUAUGCAGCAGUACACUGUUAAUCUCAGCCUCAUUAUCUAUGUUCCCGACUUCAGAUACGAUUUUGGCAGGCUCGCCUCUCUAUCCUGGAUCUCCCCUGAUGUCAACCCGUUCAAACAGUACGAGGACAUGAUUAGCAAAGGCAUGUCUCGACUUGUUAGGAUGCUCAAGACAUCCCUGAAGCUGCGACAGGUCACAUUCGAGAUGCAGCCAGAAUACUCGGUGGGGCCAUUUCCCGAAGAAGAGUUUUCCAUUGUGACGGUCUGGCCUUUUCUCCACCUGCCACUCUUUCUGAAUCUCUCGACUCUGUAUAUUGAUACGGUCGCAUCCACCUUCCACAACUUCCACGGCCCGGACGGCCUUCCGGAGGGCUGCCACCCGUGUUCGGUGAUUGGCCAAAUCUUACCUCGCCUUAAGAGCCUCCGUUGCAGGUUUCGCGAGAUCUGUCCCGACGUUCUAAAACCUCCUCUUGAUGCUGGCAAUCUUGACCUUGAGGAGGUCAUCAUCAACCUGAGCAUCGUUCCUGACGUGGAGUUGGGGGAUGGUGAGGAGUCUAGUCUCUGCAAGCCUUUCCGAGACGCAAAUCCGGGGGCUCACUUGCACGUUGGAUUGUAUGAUGCGGCAAGCCGUCUUGCUCGACGCAUGAAGCAACCCAGUAUGCUGAGGAUCGUAGAAAGCAGCUUCACUGGGUAUGACAUUCUCUUCAGGAAGCCAAUUUAUUUCGGAGGUCAUUCCAAUAUUGGCAUUCAGGAUUGGGAUAGGAUGCUCGUGGAAGUCAGCGAAAGCGACGAGGAUACUGACCGAGGAGGCCUCAUGACCGAGGAAGAGGAGGCCUUCGGCACAGAACUAUGGGAAGAUGAAGAAUCUUUGGAGGACGGUGAUGAGAUUGAUACCAGCGUUCCAGGGGGUGCUGCUGGUGGGCACGGCAAAGACUGA